AUGGGAAUGGGAAUAAUCAAGAUCACUAAUGCUAAACAAAAGCUAAAUAAGAAGGGAUCUUUAGGUGCUAAUAAAGAUUUCCCAAAGAAAGGUCAUUUUGCAGUUUAUGUAGGUGAAAUGCAGAAGAGAUUUGUCAUCCCUUUAUCUACCUUAAACCAUCCUUUAUUCCGGGAUCUUUUACAUUGGGCCGAAGAAGAAUUUGGUUUCGACAACUCAGAGGGCGGUCUAAAAAUUCCGUGCAACGUUGAUUAUUUUGAAGGUCUAGUUUCGCUAAUAAGUUCUAGUUGA